GAGAGCAUACUGACAUUUUCCAUGCCAUCUAAAGCGAUGUGUGAUUUACAGCUGUGUCGUGAGCAUUUAUGAGACAAAUGCACUCUGCUGCAUUAUUACUACUGCCUCGUAUUUGGACGAGCUACACUCAAAUAGCCUAAAUGAGUAGCAUAUCCAAUUGCGUUCCGUUCAUAAAAGGCUGUUUAGUCUGUAUGAUUUUGAGAUUGGAUUCAAAUCACGCAAGAGGCUGUUGAAAUCCGACGCGUUCUUGCAGUAAAAAGAGAACGGAUGUGUCUCACGCACUUUUAAAAGAUGACGUUAUUUAUUUAUUUAUUUAUUUUACCCAACACGACUUCUAAAAAACGCGGCGAUCCUGCACGAGAUGGUGUAAAGUAGUGCGCGUGCCGCGACAAAAAAGGUCCGAUUAGCACAUGAUUAGCCUACACAGAAAAACAAUUGAAAAGUAGAUCAGAUGGACACAAAAACGGGUUCACACGUCCCUUUUGUUCGUGGAAAAUUUGUAAUGGUGUAGCUUCCUUUAAGUAAAAGUGAAAUACAUCAGACAACAACAGCUUCAGAGUUUAUAACAGCUUCAGAGAUGCCGUAAAGACCGCGGGCGCGGCCCAAAACGUCCACUAGCAUGUUUACAUAGAAAAACAUUAGAAAAGGAGCUCAGACAAACACAAAAACGGGUUCACACGGCCCUUUUGUUCGUGGAAAAUGUUUAAUGGUGUAACUUCCUUUCAUAAAUGACAGAAUGUGUAAAACUGAAAUACAUCAAUAUUAGACCACAGUUGUUUAACACCAGCUUCAGAGUUUAUAGGCAAACAGAACUUUCUCUUAAGGUUAGCAUUUGGUUCCCGUUUGGUUAUUUAUUUAUUUAUUCCUCACGUUUUAGGAUUGUUUUCUUUAGGUUCUAUUUUUGUAACCAUAAACGAACGUUCUUGGAACUUUUUCUUUAGGUUCUAUUUUUGUAACCAUAAACGAACGUUCUCGGAACGUUUUCUUUAGGUUCUAUUUUUGUACCCAUAAACGAACGUUCUUGGAACCAAAAUUCAUAGCUGGGUAGGAUGGGAUUCAAUGUUUAUAGCGCAGCUUUCAAGAACCCCAAGGGAAGGCCGAAUUAUAUGGCUACUAGUCACGAAUCAUGACAGUUAUUUCGUCAGGUGGGUGAUUAAACUGCCUUCAAAUGCAAUCUGACAGUUAGCAGGUUUCCACGUUUCAUUUACCCCUCGAGCAGUCCUUAAAAUAGCCCAGGUUGUGAGAAACCUAAAUAAAAAGCUUCAGCUAACGUAUCAAAAGUGUAUUAACUCGUGAGUCACAUAUACAGUAGGUCAAAUUUGCUUUAUUGUUUCAAGCGCUGCUGCCGGUGACGGAGGCGCGAGGAAGCGCGAUUGGCAGCGCGAGCGGACGUAACGGAGAUACAACAGACGCAAGCGGGGAGAGGGAGGAGAAACAACGAGGAUAUACGUAACCAGGAUCUCAGCUGUAUUAGCGGAAGGCAGGAUUCAGGCUUCCAGUGACAACUGAAACAGCAAUAUGGGGAACUAGUCCAGUGAAGAGCGAAUCAAACAUAUGGAUUAAACAUACACUUUGGCUCAAUUGAUUGCACUUGUAUCCGCGCCACCAUUGAUUCAAGAUAUCGACGAAUUAUUGAAUUUAUUUGAUUUCACAUAUCCUUAUUUUUUCACUCAUUAGAACACCAGAAUGGCUAAAGUAGCGCAUAUUUAAGGUAGCAACCCACUUCAGCAAAUAGGCAGAGCAUCUGCUUGUAAAUCGGCCUUUAUGACCAAAUACAUUGCUGCUAUGUAUGUGAUAAUAUAUAUGUAAAAAUCGGAUUGACUGUUUUGUUGAAGACUUUCUUUGGUUGGCUUCAAGGCAUCUCACACCAGCAAUGUUCUCUGAAAUACUGUUUUAAAAGGUUCCAUAGGACUGUUGGUGUGCAUACUGUAUAUACGGCCAGUGCUAUCAGUGUCGCUUAAUAGGGUUCCUGAUGCCCAGUUUGAACUGACCUGUAGUCUUCUGACACCAAAAGAGAGAGAUUUUCAGUGUACGUAAGACCAUCUACUCGAGUGAAAAGGGAUCAUGUCUUCCAGAGAGCGACGUUCUGACCUGUACAUAAAGGCUGAACCCAGCAGUCCCGAGGGAGGAGGAGGUGUUGGUGGGAGGACCAGCCCGGGAGGUGCUUCCUCAGACUCCUCACAAAGUGGAGGAGGCGGAUCCAGAGGAGAAGGCACUGGACGCUACUCCCCACCACUAUACACGCCCGCACUACGAUGCCAUUUUAAGGAGGAGGGUGCAGAUGGAGCCGAGGAGGGCUCUACAGGUAGCGGGGGCGGCCGCUGCAAGUAUGCCCUAACCACACUUCCCAAAAGGCUAUGCCUGGUGUGUGGAGAUGUGGCUUCCGGGUACCACUACGGAGUGGCUUCCUGUGAAGCCUGUAAGGCUUUCUUCAAAAGAACCAUACAGGGCAAUAUUGAGUACAGCUGUCCAGCCUCCAAUGAAUGCGAAAUCACCAAGCGCCGCAGGAAAGCUUGUCAGGCAUGCCGCUUCACCAAGUGCCUCAAAGUAGGCAUGCUCAAAGAAGGAGUUCGUCUGGACCGGGUCAGAGGUGGGCGGCAGAAGUACAAAAGACGUCCAGAGGUGGAAAAUGCCACGUACCAGAGUGCACCAAUACCAUUAAGGAAGGAGGGAGAGAAAGGUUCAUCCAGCAUUAUUGUGUCUCAUCUGUUGGUGGCGGAGCCAGAAAAGCUGUUUGCUAUGCCAGACCCCCUACAGCCAGACACGGCCCAGCGCACACUCACCACUCUCUGUGACCUGGCUGACCGGGAACUAGUUGUCAUCAUCGGCUGGGCCAAGCACAUUCCUGGCUUCCUCUCCCUGUCCCUGGCAGACCAGAUGUCUGUGCUGCAGUCGGUGUGGCUGGAGGUGCUGGUGUUGGGGGUGGCUUACCGUUCUCUUGGUUGUGAGGAUGAGGUGGUGUUUGCAGAGGACUUUGUGCUGGAUGAGGAGAUGUCUCGUGUGGCUGGCCUGACUGAACUCAAUGCUGCCAUCAGCCAGCUUGCGCGGCGCUUCAGGGCCUUGCAGUUGGACCGUGAGGAGUUCGUCAUGCUGAAGGCUAUUGCACUUACCAACUCAGAUUCAGUCUACAUUGAGGACAUGGAAGCUGUGCAGAAAUUGAGGGACCUUCUACACCAAGCUCUUCUGGAGCUGGAGGUCCAGCGACGCCCUGAUGAUCCCCAGCGUGCCGGCCGUCUCCUUCUCACUCUGCCCCUCCUCAGGCAGACAGCAGGCCGGGCCCUCACCACCUUCUACAGCAUCAAGACACGUGGUGGGGUGCCAAUGCACAAGCUCUUCCUGGAGAUGCUGGAGGCCAUGAUGGACUCACCCUAGAGAAGAGAAGAAACUUGGAUAGAUGAAUGAAUGAAUGAAUGAGAGAGAAAGGAUGAAGAAAAUGGGCAAAAGAUAGCCCAAAAUCUUUUUUGUGGAGAAAAAAGUACAAGGGCUAAUAAAGCCAAAAGAGAAACUUUUUUUGACAGAAGGGUUGAAUACGAAGAAUAUGAAGUCGCUUUGUGUAAUUGUAGCUGUCCGCUAAUAACUUGAGGUACUCCUUAGGAAUGGUCUUUCACAACAAAUUCUCCUCUUCAUUAGGUUUUACUCUCAAAAUACUCAAUAGGUACCAUUUCACGCAAACUUAAAAGAAAACAUUUGGGUCAGUUCAGACAAAGAUAAUAUUUCUAUCAGUGUUAGGGGAACCACGGACAAUACGUAAUUCAUUCUCUCACUUCAUGGCCAUCCUCUUUCUUCAAGAUACAGUAAGUGUUUAUAGAAUUUAACCAUUACUGUAAACUCAGAGAAAUUCACGUGCCAAGAGCGCCUACUGAGACUACAGCAAUAUGAACUCUUCACGGAAUCACAAGAACAGUUGAUUCAAUGAUAUCGCUGUGAUAUCUCCAUCUUUACUGAUAGUUGGCCACUGAAUCAAUCUGUAAGACGUGCGCAUCUGAAACCACAGCACUACAAGUUACAAUAAUUCAUACAGUAAGCUUUCUUUUCCUCCUCAAAAUGUGCAUAAAAGCCACUUAUGUACAGCUAUUAAUGUCUUUAUAAUGCACUCGCCAUACUACAAGUGCUAUUUAAUUUUGUCCCACUACAACAGCUUUUUAUCUUGGUUUAAUAUGCAAAACCGAUGAACACAAGUGAAGACCUACAGGAGCGAUUACACAAACUACUCUUUUAGUUUACUGCUAUACACUGGUACUACAAGCAAAUAUACUGCAACAUUUAAUAUUAUGGAAAGCAAUAUUAAAAAUUUCAUAUGAUUCAUUUGAUGUCAGCCAUUUAAAAAAUGUCUGCACUGAGCUGGUCUGCCACGUCCUGCUUGGAAGUGCAAUUUAGUAGUGUUGUAGUCUCAUUGCAAAGACAAUUUUAUUAAAAAAAAAAAGGAUGUUGCUUUAGGAUUGUAGAGAAUGAUUUUCAUCCUACACCGCCGUCCUUUGUAGAUUUGCCAGUUGUUCCAAUGGAUUAUCCAUCUUCAUUUAUAGAUGUGGAUUGUGUGAAUGAGAGAUUAUGGGUACUUAAAAUGCAAAGUGCAUAUGAUGAGCUGAACUGAACUGACGAUUUUGCAUCUAAAUCAGGGUAAAUGAGGAGUCUUUAGCUCCUGUAGGUCAGCUAUCUCCAGCUUCUACUGUACUUUUUGCUGUUUUGCUCUGAGUUUUUUGCAUUUGGUUCUAAUUUAGAAGACUCUGUGGGACCUCUUCGCAUCAGUGAUGUCCUCAAUUCUUCAGAUGACAACAUGACACUGGCCUGCUAGUGACAGAUUGAGCCAGCACUGUUUGAGUCACUCAGCUCAAAUGCAUUCUGGAACAUUUCAAGGGACUGAAAGACAAUUUCAUUCACUCCUUGGAGAGAAGAAAAUAUUCCAUACUCUAAUCCUCCAUUUAUACCUGGAUGCAGCAGGACGACCUCUGUCGGUUCGUUUAAACCAGGAGGUUUUAAGUCUGUGUGAUAUUCAUACUGAAAGCUUCUGUGGCUCAGAGCAACAUUUAAUUCAAAUUGGAAAGCCUCGCUAUAUGGGGUCAACCAGAGCCAUCAGUUUUAGACUUUUUUUUUUUGGUUCUUUUAAGAUGGUUGUUGGUUUUACUGCUGUGUGUGGUCUGUUCGUUGCUGUUUGUUUGCAGACAGUUGUCUGGUAUUAUAUGCAAUCAUACUCCAUUCAGAGUGCUGCAACUCCGCUACCUUUUAUUUAUUAUACACAUUUAAAAAACAGGAGGAAAGCCAGUUGCCUCUUUGGCCUCUUACCACAUUAAGUACAAAAAUGAAAACCACUGUUCUGCAGAGUUGGACCUCUGAGGUGACGCCACAUCUUCAGGGUGAUUUUCACUGCAUACUGUUAGCAGCAAUGAUUGUAUGUGCACGUCAGCUAAUAGCAAAUAUACGUAAGCAUCAGGCCACAGAUAAAAAUGCAUUCUGAUCUGAAAAGAACAAUCCAAGGUUGAUCUCUAUUUAAAAAUACUUAAAGCUCAAGAUUAGGUUAAAUCUGGGUUUGCAGAUUAUUACUCCAAAAAAUAGUUUUUCAGGCCUUCAGGAUAUUUUUUGAAUCGGUUAAUAUCUAUUUCUGGCUGAAUUUAAUUUUGCUUUUCCAUAUAUCCACCAUGAAGCUUGGCCUCAGGUUUGGUGUUGAAAUAAAGCAAUCCAUUUGGGAGAAUGUUAUGAAAUGUCUGUUUUGUAUUGAAUUAUUUUUAGAUUUCCUUUCUCUUUUUGUGAUUUACAUACUAACUUUGCCAGUAGAAGUUAUAUUUCUCUCUCUUUGCAAAAAUGUUCAGGCAAUAUUGCAGAUUUCAUGCACUAUAACAAACACAGUGUUACAGAAAACUGCAAAACUUUCUCAUAUUUUCUUUCCUUCUUAUUUCUUUCUUUUACAAACAUGCCGCCAAGUCUGUCUGUUAAGAGAACUUUGGCGAUCUUCAAUAUAAUCUGUUUAAUUUUCAAUUCAAUUUAUACAGCUAAAAAAAAAAAAAAGAUAAAAUAUGCUCUUCUUUUUCUUUUUCUUUUUUUUUAACCUUUUCAGUAUGUUUUCUCUUUUGUACACAGGAGUUAAUAUCUCCUAAUUGGGUUUUGGGAUGUCAUGGAAUGUGUACAUAACCAUGGAUGAGUGGGUCCAUUCAAAGACAGCUGUAAAAUAUGUCGAUGUUUGUGUCAAUAAUAACUCUAAUAUAAUAAUGAUAUUACAGUAGUGUUUUGAUAAGGCUAAGCAUUAUAAUAAGCCAUUUUGUCUGUUGAAAUUAGAGCGUAACAUGAUUGAGAGAUAAAUUCAAUUCAUGGCUAGGUGUUUGUGUGUCUGUGUAUAUUUAUGUAAAUGAGCAAUACCAGAAUUUACCAAAAUGUUUGUUUUCACAUUUUUCUGUAUAUUGAUAUACUGUAAAUCAAACCUCAACAGUAACACUAGUGAUAACAGUCGAUAGUAAUAAUACAAAAGGUAAAGAUCAAAUCAAUAUUUGUAUUCAAAACUGUUGUAUUUAAAAGAUUAAAAUCUAUUUUUUACUCAAUUUGCGGAUGUUUAUUAAUAUUAUUGUUCUGGUAUUUGUGUUUAAGUCACAUGAUUGUAAAUGUAUGUGCUUUUUUUUUUUUUUUAAAGCUCAGUUGUUCUGCAGUAGUAACUUAUUUCAACACUUUUUUCAUAUUGAAUCACUGAAGAAAAGGCAAACACUAAACCACCACAGGAACAAUAGAGGUAUUUUAACAUUUUGUCAGUGUCAGUGUGUUUUGUAAUAAAUUGGCACAUGUCAUCACUUGUC